GCGGAGGCGGAGCCGGGGCGCCUUAGACUCUGCGCCGGCCGCCGCUCUCUGGCUUUCCGGCCAUGAGCCCCCCGGCAGCGGGGCCGGGAGCGGGACCCGGGCCGGCGCGGGCGGACGGCGGGCGCUGAGCCAUGUCGCGGGCGGCGGGCGGCGAGUGCCGCAAGGAAGCGGCCGGCUGGGACGGCGAGGACGGGCAGUGCGACUCGGGCAUCGAGUCGCUGCGCUCGCUGCCGGGCGGCAGGGAGACCCCCGCCGCGCCCGAGGGCCCCCCUGCCGCCCCCGAGGAGACCCUCGCCGAGGCCGCCGCCGCCGAAGAGCGGCUGGAUUCCAGCUACGGCUCCGGCGCCCUGCCCGAGGCUCUGCCCGGGCUGCCGGGGGCUCCGGGGGGCCGCCCCGAGGAGCCGCCGCCCCGGCCCGAGGGGCUCAGCCGGCAGCAGCUGGAGGCCCUCACCUACCUUUCGGAGGACGGAGACACGUUGGUUCAUCUGGCCAUUAUCCACUGUGUCCCAGCUGUAGCACUCUGCUGCAUCGCUCAGCUACCCAGGGAGGUGCUGGAGAUCCAAAAUGAUCUUUUCCAGACCCCGCUCCACCUCGCUGUGUACCUGGAGCAGCCCAGCGUGAUCCAGGCGUUGAUCCACAAGGGAGUGAACCCCGGGCUGCAGGACCGUAAUGGCAACACCCCGCUGCACUUGGCCUGUGAGCAGCAGCACCUGCAGUGCGCCCAGCAGCUGCUGGAGGGGCCAGCCACACCGGAUGGCACGGCUCAGCCCCGUGGGCACCACCAGGACCUGCAGCUCCAGAACUGGCAAGGCUUGGCCUGUCUGCACAUCAGUACCUUGAAAGGGAACAUCCCAAUGAUGUCUCUGCUGCUGGAGAGCGGCGCCAAUAUUGAUGUUCGGGAGGGCACGAGCGGGAAGACGCCAUUGCACCUGGCUGUGGAGUGCCACAACCGCAGGGCUGUGCAGUUCCUGCUGCGCCAUGGGGCGUACGUGGAUGCCCAGAUGUACAACGGGUGCACUCCGCUCCACCUGGCCGUGGGCCGCAAGGAUGCUGCCAUCGCUGCCAUCCUCUCACACUCUGGGGCUGACACCCUGCUGAGGAACAUGGAGAAUGAGACAGCUCAGGACCUGGCUGAUGGCAACGAUGAUCUUCUUGCCUUGCUGCCCUUCGAUGACCUGAAGAUCUCAGGGAAGCCUGUUGUGUGCUCUGAAUGAGCAGAUGGACUCCUUUGGCCCUUCGGGCUGCCUCCUUCCUCUGUGCUGCUGCCCUGCUGCCCACUAGGAUGUUGCCUGCCUGCAGUUCAGUGGGAGCAGAAACACUUUGGGAGACUUAUCCCACUGCUCCUCCCCUCUUUGGAAGAGUUUUGUUUGCCUCAGGCUGCCUUCCCAGAUGGAAGAAGGUGGCAUUAUGAGCACUACACAGGGGAGGCUUUUCUUUUAUAAUCUGUGCACUGCAGCAGGACUGAAUUUCCCCUCCCUGCUGUGGGUCUGACUUGUGGGGAUCUCCAGCGCACACAGGGAAGGAGCAGGAGAGGACUCAUUUUCACACUGUGGGCAGGACAGAGCAUCGACUGGCACCCCAUCAGAAUAAGUGUGGGGUGAGGAGAGUCAACACUCACUCUAAUAAAUGUUUGUUGUUGCUGUGGGCACCAGAGGCCUCAUGUGAUGGAACCCACCCCACACUGCACAGUGUCAGGGGGCUGUGCAUCACUGCGGGGGCUUGGGGACCUGAGGGCUACAGGGCUUUCCCCAGUCUGCCUGCUCCCUCAGUCCUUCACACCGCAGAAGGUGAGUGGGAGCACAGGGCCUUCCCCUCUUGAAGAGCCUCUCUAGUGCUCAGGGCCGAGGCUGGGGAUCCCAGCAAGGUGCUCUAUUGCCAUGCUGUCUUGCUGAACAUCUGGCUGCAGGGCUGAAGAAAGAGCAUAGGAGAUGUUGAAGACCAGGUUGUGGAUCCCUGCUUCUGCCAUUGUGCCUGAUACCUUGCUGCUUUACUGUGCUGUCGUUUCCUCUGUCACAGAGGACAGGAAGAUCCUGCCCCCUCUCCUGCCUAGGAACAGGGUAAAAAAACUUAGGGUAUAAGUCUUCCCUGGGUUUUAGAUCCUCCCAGGCUGAAAGUGGAAGAGGUGGCAGCAUUGUCUUCCCAUCCCUUCUGUUGUUCAGCUCACCACCCUUCCUUGCCACUUAUUUCUUCAGCCAGAGUAGCACAUGCAAUGCAUUAGGAAAUCAGCCAAAGGUGCUGUGGGAAUGAAGGCACAGAUGACUUACCCCAUCUCAGCCAGGAAAAUUCCUCACUUGUUGCCUGGGAGCAGCUGCUAUUGUUUGGGACAAAUACUGGAUGGUGCAAUCGACCGGGAUGCUCUAGAGUUAGCUCUUGUCUUCUUCCUCCCUUCUUGUGAGGGAAUGCUGCCAGGAAAGCAACAUUAGGGACCCCCCAGACCUCUGGACCUUGCCUGGUUUCCUCAGCAGUCCUGGGCUGGAUUACUCUGUUUCUUUUGAAUCUUUGCCUCUCACCUUCUGGCAGGGCCUCAACCCUGCUGCAAGCCCAUGGGGCUGUUUCAAGGACAUCUUUCACAAGGUACAUGAGGCACUUCCAGGCUGCCCAAAGAAGUGAUGACGGAUGCUAUGGGGCAGUGUGGUAUGGUGUGGUCAGGGCUGUAGCUGGGAGCAAAGGGAAAAAGCAGAAACAAGUGAUCUGCACUUUUUUGUUUGUUUUGUUAUUUUAAAAUAAAACUAUUUGUUUUAAAAA